AUGUCGGCGGACGAAUCCUCUUCCUACGCACCAAAGUCGCCGGAUCUCUCAGCGCUCUUCUCGGCAGCCCCCACGGACCAGCCCCCCGCCCCGCCGCCGUUCUCACUCAGCCAGAGCCAAAACUUUCAUCAGGCCCAUCACAACCAAAACCACCACCAACACCACCACCAGCCGUCCUACUAUCCCCAACCCCAGCCGCACGCCUACAGCGUCAACUCGGCCUACGUGCCACCUCCCACAGCCGUUGUCUCCCCCUCUGCACAUCCGAAUUACACAGAGAAUAUCGCCUACAUUCCGGCGCACCACCGCCCCCAACCCCAGCACCUGCAGCAGCCGCCUCAGCAGCAACGCCAGUUCUCGCAGCUCCCGCAGCAGCUCCCGCCAACCUCCUACCCCAAUCACAUAGGUGCAUACGGGCAUCAGCAUCAGCCUCGAAGCUUUGAGCCGACGCCAUUGUAUGCGCAGCCGCACCACCCAGAGCAGCCAAACCGCCCUCCCGUGACAGCCGAGCUUCACCACCUCCCGCACGCUACCGCUGUACCCGUGGGCGCCCCUCCGCAGCAGGCACUGCACCUCCAGACACAGAUGCCUCCACGCAGGGCAGCAGCGGCCGCGGCCGUCAUCGAAGAACCCAUCAUCGAGCCGUCCCCUGUGCGGACAAAGUUCCCCACGGCCAGAAUAAAGCGGAUCAUGCAGGCCGACGAGGAGGUGGGCAAGGUCGCGCAGCAGACCCCCAUCGCCGUCGGCAAGGCCCUCGAGCUCUUCAUGGUCCAGCUCGUCAGCACGAGCGCCGACAUCGCCAAGGACAAGGGCUCCAAGCGCGUCACGGCGUCCAUGCUCAAGCAGGUCGUGGAGAGGGACGACCAGUGGGACUUCCUCCGCGAGAUCGUCGGCAAGGUGGAGAACGAGAAGGAGGGCAAGCCCAAGCAGACCAAGGGCGAGAGCGAGAGCGACGAGGACGCGUACGAGCCCAAGAAGAAAGGUCGGGGCGGUCGCAAGAAGAAGGGGUCAGUCUAA